AUGCACACGACGCAGAAGGACACCACCUACACUAAGAUCUUUGUCGGGGGCCUGCCCUACCACACCACCGACUCCAGUCUCAGGAAGUAUUUUGAGGUGUUCGGCGAGAUCGAGGAGGCGGUGGUCAUCACCGACAGGCAGACUGGAAAGUCGCGGGGAUAUGGAUUUGUGACGAUGGCGGACCGCUCGGCCGCCGACCGGGCCUGCAAGGACCCCAACCCCAUCAUUGACGGCAGGAAGGCCAACGUCAACCUGGCCUACCUGGGGGCCAAGCCUCGAGUCAUGCAACCAGGCUUUACAUUUGGAGUCCCCCAAAUUCACCCUGCGUUCAUCCAAAGGCCUUAUGGUAUUCCGGCGCACUACGUGUACCCCCAAGCCUUUGUGCAGCCUAGCGUGGUGAUCCCUCACGUGCAACCUGCCGCCGCCGCCGCCCCGGCCCCCGCAACCUCCCCGUACAUCGACUACACUGGAGCGGCCUACGCCCAGUACUCUGCCGUCAGCGCGGCCGCUUACGAGCAGUAUCCUUACGCCGCCUCCCCUGCCGCCGGCGGAUAUGUGACCGCCGCCGGCUACGGAUACGCGGUGCAGCAGCCCCUGGCCGCCGCCGCCCCGGGUUCUGCCGCCGCGGCUGCAGCUGCAGCUGCCUUCGGCCAGUACCAGCCUCAGCAGCUGCAAGCCGACCGCAUGCAAUAG